AUGGGGGCGGGCAGCAACAACACUAUCCUCUGCAUAGAUGGCUUGGUGCUGCCUUGCUGGCAACCCCUCGAGGACGUCGGCCUCCCGGAGAGGGUCGGCCGCGGCCUGGUUUACUUCUUCGUCUUGGUCUAUCUCUUCAUCGGCGUAUCUAUUAUUUCCGAUCGCUUCAUGGCUGCCAUCGAAGUCAUCACUUCCCAGGAGCGCGAGGUAUCCGUGAGGAAACCCAACGGGGACACUCAGAUAGUGGUGGUGCGAAUGUGGAACGAGACCGUCGCCAAUCUUACACUGAUGGCGUUGGGCUCCAGUGCGCCCGAGAUCCUUUUGUCGGUUAUAGAGAUAUACGCGAAGAACUUUCAAGCUGGCGAGUUGGGACCCGGAACAAUAGUCGGAUCUGCCGCCUAUAACUUACUCGUGAUUAUUGCUAUCUGCGUCUCGGUCAUUCCCAAUGGAGAAGUAAGGAAAAUCAAGCAUCUCGGAGUGUUUUUCGUUACAGCCACUUGGUCCGUCUUCGCUUAUGUUUGGUUGUACUUAAUUCUAUGCUUCUUCUCCCCAGGCGUUGUGGACAUAUGGGAAGGCCUUUUAACAUUUUCCUUCUUCCCAUUGACAGUCUUAACGGCAUACGCAGCGGACAGAAAAAUGUACAAAUAUAUCAAAAAGGACUACAGAAUGAACAGACGUGGAGUCAUCGUCCAAGCCGAAGGUGACAAUUUAGAAAUGGGAAAUACUGAGCUGCUAGCUUUAGAUGACGUUCACGAAGACAUAAAACAAGAAUACAUCACCACGUUGAAAGAACUCCGUCAACAAAAUCCUCACGCGGACUUGGGCGUUUUGGAGAAAAUGGCACAUGAAAUGUUAUUGAACAGAGGACCCAAAUCUAGGGCAUUCUACCGCAUUCAAGCCACUAGGAAAUUGAUGGGCAGUGGAGAUCUUCUUCGAAGAAUUUCCGAAAGGGCCCAGAGUGAUUUGAGCGAGGUAAAAGCUGAGCUGCAACGGGAAUCUGGUGUGGCAGAAUUUAACCAGUCUGCUAGUAAGGUGUAUUUCGAUCCUUCAAAGUACACGGUUUUGGAGAGCUGUGGAAGGUUUGAAGUUAGGGUGGUGCGUACUGGGGACAUCGAUUGUUCAUUGACCGUGGAAUAUACUACUGAAGAUGGCACUGCUCAAGCCGGAAGUGAUUAUGUCAAGGCCAAGGGGACUUUGCAUUUUGGUGCCGGGGAUAAGGAAAAACGGAUAACCCUGGAGGUCAUCGACGACGACGUGUUCGAACCGGACGAACACUUCUACGUGCGCCUUUGCGGAACUCAGCCAGCGGGAUGCUUGGGGUCUCCCACAUUGGCCACUGUCAUCAUCUUGGAUGACGAUCACGGAGGGUUGUUCAAGUUCGAGUCGCAAAAUCACGAACUAGUGGAGAGUGUGGGGACGUACGAUAUAAAGGUUAUUCGGUGCUCAGGGGCGAGGGGUCGGGUCAUCAUUCCUUUCUGGACGGAGGACGGCACUGCGAAAAGCAGCAAAGAGUACGAGCGACAGGAAGGACAACUUAUAUUUGAAAACAACGAAUCAGAGUGA